AUGAUGGAGGACGGCGUGGAGGACAUCAGUCAGAUGACCAGCCAGCAGGUUCUGCGUGACCCCACCGAGCAGAAGACCAGAAAGCGUCCUGGCCCGUCCACUCUCAAACUGUUUAUAGUAGCACUUUCCUUCGCCCACUUCUCCAAGGCCCUGACAGGCACCUACAUAAAGAGCUCCAUCACUCAGAUUGAGAGGCGAUUCGACCUCUCCAGCACACACGUCGGUCUCAUAGACGGCAGCUUCGAGAUGGGCAACUUGUUGUUUCUUGCCCUGGUCAGUCAUUUUGGGGCUCGGCUCCAUCGGCCCAAACUCAUCGCAGCCGGAUGUUUGGUCAUGGCCGCCGGGGCUCUUCUCACUGGCUCCACACAUUUUUUCAUGGGACGAUAUAAGUACGACACCAUUCUUCAGAAUAACGGCGUGAAUGUUUCUGCGUGCGUGGACCCUCUGGAAACAGCCGAAGCGCCAGACGUUCAGAUAGAGACGCCUGCUUUCAACAACCAAACCUGUGUGACAGAGUCCGGGUCCAACAUGUGGAUCUACAUUUUCCUGGGGAACGCUCUGCGGGGGAUCGGAGAAACUCCGGUCACUCCCCUGGGCGUCUCGUACAUCGAUGACUUUGCUAAAGCUGAAAACUCCCCGUUCUACAUCGCUUGUCUCCAGACCGUCACCCUCCUGGGCCCCAUGUUUGGUUUCCUCCUGGGCUCUUAUUGUGCCAAACUUUAUGUGGACAUUGGCUAUGUCGAUAUGGACGGCGUGACCAUCACUCCCAGAGACGCCCGCUGGGUAGGUGCCUGGUGGCUGGGGUUCCUGGUGUCCUCCUCCCUCCUGCUCAUCUCCAGCGCUCCCUUCUGGUUCCUGCCACGCUCACUGCCCAAACAGGAGGGUGAGGAAGACAAGUCGGCUCCCCCCCAUGCGCCCCCGCAUGGGACAGAGGAAACGCUCAGUGGCAGCCACGACCUCAAGCUGACUGAAAUAGCCAAAGGGUUCCUUCCAUCGUUGAAGCGUCUGUUGGGAACCCCCGCUUACUUCCUCCUCGUCUGUGGGAGCAUCCUAAAGUUCAGCUCCUUUAUCGGCCUCUUCACCUUCAAAGCCAAAUACAUGGAGCAGCAGUUUGGACAGUCGGCAUCCAGAGCCAACUUCCUCCUGGGUGUGCUGAACUUACCGGCAGUGGCCGUGGGAAUCUUUUUGGGGGGUCUUAUCAUGAGGAGGUACAAGCUGAGUGUGGUCUCAGGAGCUCAGCUGUCUUUGGCCACCUCCUUCAUGGGCUACCUCCUCUUACUGCUGCUGUUUGGCACCAAGUGUGACAGUUUACCUGUGGCUGGGCUCACCGUGUCGUACAACGGGUCGAAGAGUGUGUCGUACUACAGAGAAACGCUCUUCUCUGAAUGUAACAGCGACUGCUCAUGUUCGGCCGAGGACUGGGACCCUGUUUGUGCAGCCAGUGGCAUCACUUACAUCUCCCCGUGCAUGGCCGGCUGCCUCUCAUCCAGCGGCCACGGCAAGAACAUAGUCUUUCACAACUGCAGCUGUGUGUCCACAUCCUUUCCAGCAGGCAGCAGCAUGUCGGUGAGGUUGGGUCAGUGCCCCCACGCCAAAGACUGCAGCAGCAGUUUUACCUCCUACAUGGCUGUUUCUGUCCUCAGCUCCUUCAUCAACGCUCUGGGAGCUACACCCGGCUACAUGGUCAUCAUAAGAUGCAUUUCACCAGACCUGAAGUCUCUGGCUCUGGGUAUUCAGGGUCUGGGAACCAGGACUCUUGGAGGAAUUCCUGCCCCGGUGUAUUUCGGAGCGCUGAUUGACUCAACUUGCCUGAAAUGGUCGAUGAAAAAGUGCGGGGGGAGGGGUGCGUGUCGUAUUUAUGACUCCGAUAUGUUCAGAGUCAUUUUCUUGGGUCUGAUCACUUGUCUCAGUGGUUCCUCUUAUUUCUUCCUCAUCGCUGUCAUCAUCCUCCUCAGGCGACAGUUUAGGAGGACAGAACUGGAAAUAGAAAUGCAGCAAACAAAAGCUUCAAAAGGAAUUGAACAGAAGGUUCCAUCGAGCAUUGUAGAAGAGAAAGGUGCUUGUUCUAGAUGUCCCGGUCUACUUCCUGGAACAAAGGUCUGUGUAAGUACUGUGACGGGCUCAGAGGAGGCGGUCAGAGCUGAUGGACUCAGUUCUACAAAUAUGGCUCCAGAAUCUCAACGCCUGACAGAAACCACAGCUAAGGUGACUCCCCAGUCUCCAGAUGAGAUAAACUCAUAA